AUGCCAAACUUUUUGAAGCACCUCAAGCUCGAUGAGGCUGAACUGCCAUCAUGCGACCGAACACCACCACGGACGCCGAAAACUCCUUGCACACCUAUGGAGUUACAGAACCACACUUUUUGCUUUAGAAAAGGACCGGAUACUCCAGUAAUUUACCAGCCGGAGGGUCAUCCACGUCAGGCAGUCAUUGAUGGCGAUAUCUGGCCACCAAUCUUCAAGCCUCAACAUGUGCGAUCUGCUAAAAACAUGAUCGUAGAGGACGACGAUGUGUUCAUAGCCACCUAUCCAAAGUGUGGCACCACUUGGUUGCAGCACAUUUGUCAUCAGUUGAUUCGUGGCGAGAACUAUCAAGCCACUGAAGGAAACGAGAUGUGCGUACAAAGCCCUAUGAUAGAACGCAUGGGCGCAAAGUUUCUAUCCAACGUUGAACGCCCCCGCAUUCUCAAAACGCACUUCUCGGCUCUAAAUGUUCCCAAGAACAAAAACGCAAAAUACAUCUUUUGCGUUAGAAACCCGAAGGAUUGCUGCACAAGCUAUUUCCACCACAAUCGCAACUUCAAAAUCUACAACUUUGCUGACGGCGAAUGGGAAACCUUUGUGGAUCUGUUCAUUUCGGGACAGCUCGCAUUCGGCGAUUACUUUGACCACCUCCUCGGGUGGUUGCCGUUGCUUGAGCAACCCAAUGUGCUCUUUUUGAUGUACGAAGAUAUGCUAAAGGAUCUUGAGGGAACCAUUUACAAGAUCGGAAUGUUCCUUGGCGGCGACGCAGAAAAACUCGUGCAGGACCCAGCACGCUUGGAAACCGUCGUACAAAAUAGCGGCAUUGAAGCCAUGAAGAAAGACCAAAAACGCUGGUUCCCUGAAGCUGUAUUUUGCAGGCAUAAAGCCGAAUUUAUCCGUAAAGGAGGCAGUCGUGACUGGAAAAAUCACUUUACCAAGGAACAGAGCGAUCGUAUGGAUGUUGUAUUCCGUACUCGUCUUGCGGGAACCAUUGCGGAAGGAUGGUGGCAAGAAGAGAUGGCAUGGGACGUCUUGCCCACCACAGCUCUAUCCCAUCUUGAUCUCGAGGACGAGAUCGAAUCCGUCUCAAGAAGGGGCUCAUUUAGCCUGGAUCCUCUAAAGGACAUCCGUGGUCACUUCACUGACCGUCGUUCGUCGUAUGCCUCACUGCUUUCUACGGGAUACGGAUCGGCCUGGUCUCUGACCAACUCGCAUUCUUAACUUUAAGAAGGAAGAUCUCAUGUCACAGCGCAUCUACCAACUCUAGUCAAAACUUUGUCACGUUCUCAGUCAGCAGAUCUGGACAGACAACAGUCGCUGUGUUUUAACAGCUUUUUUUGUAUAUAUAGAACACUUGUUGUAAAAUAGACUUUAGCAGCAGAUAUGCUGCGAAGAGAAACAACAACAUCUGUUUUUCUACCAAUGUUGAAUG